UUUACACUAUCAAAAAAAAAUUACAUGAUCAAUUUUAUAAUGCUUCAUACAGUUACUGUGCUAUCAUCAAUAAACUGUUUUGGAGCCCAUUCUGGGAAUGAGAUGAGACAACACGAAGGUGCAUGUAGCCUCACCAGUCAUGUAAAAUAUGCAUGUAUAUGUUUGGAUUUACUCUUCCUCCGAUAAACAGACUAUAGUUAUGUAGUAUCAAUCACUUGUACUAAACACUGUUGAAAGUCACUACUUAUAACAGUUUCCAAAAAGCUGAGUAUAUUAUGUAAUUGAAGUUGAGA